UGUAAACAAAGGGCUGGAUUUUAAGGAAUUACGAAAAAUUUCAAUAUUUUAGUAAAAUAAGUGCAAAUAAAUGACAAUGUCCGUUCACACACCAUCGGUUGCCUUGAGCAAAUAUCGGGAUCAGCAUUUUAAGGGAUCUCGCCAUGAGCAAGAGCGUCUGCUUCGCGUAUCCGCCACACUGUACAUUGGUAAUCUCAGUUUUUACACCACCGAAGAGCAAAUUCAUGAGCUGUUUUCACGAUGCGGUGACAUCCGGCGAAUCGUGAUGGGGCUGGAUAAGUUCAAGAAGACACCCUGCGGGUUUUGCUUCGUAGAAUACUACACCCGGGAUGAUGCGGAAUCGGCGAUGCGAUAUAUCAACGGAACAAGACUGGACGAUCGGAUUGUGCGUGUCGAUUGGGAUGCGGGAUUCGUCGAAGGCCGUCAGUAUGGGCGCGGCAAAACCGGCGGCCAGGUCCGUGACGAGUACCGGCAAGAUCACGAUUUGGGUCGAGGUGGUUACGGAAAGAUGGUACAGAUGGGCCAACUGGGCGCCACGAAUAUGCGGGAAAGUUAAGAUUAACUUUAAAAGGCAUCAUUCGGAUGGUGUGAACACAAUUAGAAUUACUUAUUUAAAAUAUAACAUUUCAUUGAAAUAUAUGUAUGCGCCACUUACUU